AGUGAUGUAUGUAGCCUUGGCCACGACCAAGGUCAACACGACCGCUGCCGAUGGUCAUUUACACUUAUUCGAGUAUAUCAAUGUUUGGACUACAGUAGCAUUGAAGAGUUAAUUGAUCGAUAACUAGGAUUGGUCUGAUAUUUGUGCUCGAGGUAACAUGGAGGUGGGGUCAGCUCCAAGUUUUCUCACGUGUGAGUUUCUGACGGAAUGUCUGAGGAAUGAGAAAGGAAACCAAGAUAUUAUUAUAGAUAAUUACAAGACGUCACCAGCAGUUCCCCCUGGAGAGAACUUCAAUAGCAGUCCUUUCCGAGUUGAAGUUUACUUCAAAAAUCAUGCUGAAGAUAUUGAUGUACAUUUUAUAUCAAUAAUAAUAAAAUCAGAACUACCCGAAGGUCAUAUGAAAGAUGUGUCAAAUACAUUUAUUGCAAGUGAGACACUAUUUUAUACUAAAUUCAUUCCUGAAGCCAAUAAAUUAACCAACACUCAAUUAACUCCAAAAAGUCUAUUCUCUCCAAACUCUGCCAUUGUGGUGCUUGAAGAUCUGAAGGGAAAAGGGUUCAAAAUGGCCAACAAGUCUAAAAUGUUGGAUUUUGAUCAUUGCCGAUUAUACUUUACAACAGCAGCUACUCUGCAUGCAGUAUCAUUUGCUGUCCAUAAAAGUAAUCCGUCAUUUAUUGAGAGUAUUGGAAACGAAAAGGUUUUUUCGAAUGAUUUAGCAAGCGUUUCACUUCUAGUUCAUAAUUUAAUAAGGAACGGAUUUAAUAUUUUGAGUGAAUGCACUGAUAAGAUAAAUGACUUUAAGAUGUACAGCAAACUGAUAAAAGACGCUUCCCCACAUAUUUGGGACCUCUUAGUAGAAAUACACAAACCAAAUCCGGUGUUGAACACCCUUACUCAAGGGGAUCCUUGGCCAUGUAACAUGAUGUUCAAGUAUGACAGGGUGGGCAAAGUCUGUGACAUCCGACUUCUGGAUUUUCAACUGGUGCGCUAUAGCUCUCCAGUAAAUGACUUGAUCUGGUUCAUCUGGACUAGUGCGACUCACCAAGUGAGAAGACACAGACUUAAUGAGUUGUAUCACGUGUACGUGGAAACCUUCAACAACAAAUUGAAAGAAUUAAACUGCAAUGAACGUUUGACCUACGAAUAUGUCAAGAGUGAGGAGAGAAGAUUAAGCCCACUAGCUAUGUACCUGAUGGCAAUAUUUCCACCACUCAACAGUGAGAACUCUAUUUCCAAUUUGGAACCGUUCUUCACCAAGGAAAACGAAGACGAAGAAGCUCAAAAUAUUUACAAGAAGUAUUAUGAUAAAUAUUUUUGCAUUCAUCACUUGCCCAAGUACCUGGAACAGUUAGAGAUAGUGGGAGUGUUUGACUAUUUACAGCAAUGCAAUUUCUCUUGUAAGUAACUGGUGUUCUUUUAUUGUUACUGUAAACAAUAAUGCGUUAUAUCGUGUAGUGAUUAAACUGCUCAAUGACAUUGAUACAAGGAAAUCACUGCUUUUGGUUUGGUAAUUUCGAGUUGCAGUGCAAGGCAAUUGUCUCUUCUCGGUUGGAAAUUGUUGGUAGACACUUGAUAACUGUGACAGGAGUUAUGAUCUGAUCUGAAUGUUAUCUCCUAAGAGAAGACUCCAGAAUUUUUUUAAAAUGGCUGUCCUAAACUCUGCAACUUAUGUAAUAAACGUUUGUGAGCAACAACUGUUAUGGUGGUAUUAUAGUAUUUUAUGUAAUAUUUUUUGUUAGUAUUUUAAAAUUGUGUUGAUUUGGUUUGUUGUUAAAUAUUUUAAAACUCGAGUUUGAAAUUAUUUGUUAAUAAAUUAUUUCAUAAUAUUUGUU